AUGUGGGCGCACACCAAGGUCGAGACCAUUCUAGUCGCACAGUCCUCUGCCCUAGGCUCACCGCUUUCUUUCUUCGUUUCAGACCUCCGCGCCAUUAUGGAACUUGAGCCCGAGCACCCUGAAGCGAAGCCGCUCAUGCUACAGCACGUAGCAAAUCCUGGCAAAGCGCCAAUAGAGCCCCACACGACACCUGGCUUCUCGACGGAAAUUUGGCGUGAGAUCGCCCGUUGGCUCUCACCCCGCGAUCUAAAAAACCUACUCCUCGUUCCCCACGUCCUUUCUCGUAUCGCCAGCCAGCUUUUGUUCCAAAAAAUAGACUUAUAUUUUGUAUCAGAUAAGCGAGAGUCUCAACGCAGUGCAGACAUUCUCACCCGAAUCAUUGUCGACGAUGAGUUUGCAAAACAUGUCAAAAUGCUCCGUGUAUUCUUCCAGGGACGAGAUGUCUCGUCCAUGACCUUCCAAACAGGCAUGCUUGCAAAUGCACUCCCCAAACUUCACAGUCUCAAAAACGUGCACUGUUCCAUGCGAUGGAGAGAAAUGCACUCUUUUCUACGUAUUUUGGAGAGCACGAAUCAUCGGCUGCGAGGGCUAUCACUAACGCCUUCAGAUGGGACGGCAGAAUUGCAAAUCCCACGCUUCCGCCAUAUUACACAGUUCUCGUAUGUCGGUAGCGGCGGCAGCCCUGCACAGGUAAUCGAGUUCCUGCAGCAAAACAAGACAUCGCUACGUGCAGUCACGUUGCAGAACCAGCACUGGAUUCUGCCAAGUGAGGCGCUGUCCUUCCGGAACUUAACGCACCUCGACUUCCUUGGCGCGCUCCCGCCCGACUCACAUGCAAUCACAGACAUCCUCCAAGGGGCGACGCAACUCGAGUCGCUACGCCUGCAGUGCGUACUCGACUGUAACGCGUCCACACAGUUCCGCGAACACGUACGUGCACUGCCCUUCUUGCGCCAUUUUUCGUUCUCCCUCCUCGGCUACGGCGUCGACGACCACGACCUCUUUCCCGCCAUCUCCGCGUUCCUGCGCGACCGACGAGCGCUGCACACCCUGCGUCUCUCCGUUCCGAGCGCCGUGUGGGCCCAGCGCCGUCUCGGGUAUGACGCCACCGUAUGGGGCGUCCUGCCCUCUCUCGUCGAGCUGCGUAGCCUCACUGCGACACUCCCUCAAGACGUCGCUGCCGCCGUCGCUAUGUGGCUCGUCCCGCGGGGCGUGCAAUCGCUGUCACUGCACACCGAGGCGUUGACAGACGCGCUCGGCUUCGUCACGCAACUGCGCGCGGGGCUGCCCCCGGGCCUGCGCUUCAUCGGGCUUUCGCAGAUCGACGUGCCAGACGUGCGCGCGGUCGUCGAGCAGGGGUUCCCGAUGGUGCAUGUUGCAUGCAUCGACGAGAACUACUAUACCGUCGUGCGCAUAGACGGACAGCUCAAGGUCACCGCAUGGCCCGAAAUGCGCGGGCACCCACACGUCCGCGAGUGGCUCGAGACACAAGGCUGCGAGGACGCCGAGUGGCGCCAUCCUACAGAGUUUUUGUAG